UCAAAAAAUAAAAUGUAUUUUCAGACUAGAAAUGAUUGCUGUUUCUUCCAUAAAAAUAUCAACUGUCAAGUAACAUCCUGUCUGAGUCCUUGCUGUCUGGACUGUGUGAGCUCUUCAUAAAAAACAUACUUAGGGACAUUAGCAGCACAAACUCACUGUGUGCGCUUGUGUAGUAUUUGUUAGUCUGGUAUUUUUUUCUAAUAAAUAGAAUACUCUGAGAAUCUUUGUUUCUGCCAUUCAUUUUCACAGUGUAAAUAAUAAUCAAGACCUGUAUAUGUGUAUUUGGAUAAAUAUUUUCAAUCUGAUGCAGCCAUGCUCUUCAAACCCCUGUUGGUAAUCGUCCUCUCUGUGUCAGGUGUUCUGUGCCAGUGGGAAUGGGGAGUGACUUACACCCCUGAGAGAAUCUGUGCCUUAAAAGGGUCUUCAGUAGACAUGAGCUGCACUUACUCAUAUCCCACAUCUCACACAGUGCAGAAAACAUUCUGGUUUGUUCACUGGAACAGUCUACAGGACCUAUCCCAGGACUCAGAGUUCUCUGACCGUGUGAAGUACCUGGGGAAUAAGAACAGUGACUGCACUUUCAGAAUAAAGCAACUGAGAGACACUGAUUCAGGAACAUACCGAUUCAGGUUCCUGACCAACCAUUAUGGUGGAAAAUAUACUGGCCAUCCAGGAGUCUCAUUGACAGUUACAGGUCUUCAGGUGAAAGUGACAGAGAAUGAGGCACAGAGUGUAACACUGACCUGUAGCAGCACCUGCACUUUGAGUGGCAGCCCAACCUUUACCUGGUACAAGAAUGGAGAAGUUGUGUCCAAUCAAAAUAAAUACUCCCUCAAUUUAGCCAUCACUGAUGAUACAGAUCUCUACUCCUGUGCUACAGGAGGAGUUACUUCCCUUGCAGUCAAUGUGAAAUGUAUGAAGGCAGAAAUCAUUUCUGACAGAGUGUCAGGGGGAGAGACAGUGGAACUGACCUGUAGAGCAACCUGCAGUCACCUGACUGAGAGCAACAGCUUCAUCUGGUACAAGAAUGAGCAGCUUCUGACUGGCGACUACAGGUUCUACCAGUCCUAUAUAAAGUUUGCAGCCAGAAGAGAAGAUACGGGCAGAUACUCCUGUGCAGUAAGAGGCUAUCAGCAUCUUGUUUCCCCAGCAGUGACUCUCUAUCCUCCUAUAAUCACCUCUGUAUCAGUGAGCCCCUCUGGUGAAGUAGUGGAGGGCAGUUCAGUGACUCUGACCUGCAGCAGCGAUGCCAACCCACCAGUGCAGAGAUACGCCUGGUAUAAGAAGAUUGGAUCUGAAUUCUCAUGGAGAGCAUCAGAACGGAGUUAUACCAUUAAUAACAUCAACACCUGGCACGCAGGAGAAUACUACUGUGAGGCAGAGAAUGCGAUUGGGACAGACUGGUUAUCUCAUAUAAAUCUCAAAGUGCUGUGUUUGAAGGUGGAUAUAAAUUCAGACACAGUGUCAGGGGGAGAGACAGUGGAACUGACCUGUACAGCAACCUGCACUCACCUGACUGAGAGCAACAGCUUCAUCUGGUACAAGAAUGAGCAGCUUCUGACUGGCGACUACAGGUUCUCCCAGAACUACAGAAACCUUACCUUCACAGCCAGAAGUGAAGAUACGGGCAGAUACUCCUGUGCAGUAAGAAGCAAUCAGCAUCUUGUUUCCCCCGCCGUGACUCUCAGUGUGAGAUGUUUGAAGGUGGAUAUAAAUUCUGACACAGUGUCAGUGGGCGAUACAGUGGAACUGACCUGUAGAGCAACCUGCACUCACCUGACUGAGAGCAACAGCUUCAUCUGGUACAAGAAUGAGCAGCUUCUGACUGGCGACUACAGUUUCUACGAGUCCUAUAGAAUCCUUACAUUCACAGCUGGAAGUGAAGAUACGGGCAGAUACUCCUGUGCUGUAAGAGGCAAUCAGCAUCUUAUUUCCCCCGCCGUGACUCUCAGUGUGAGAUGUGUAAAGCUUGAAAUUACAUCUAACACAGUGAGUGAGGGAGAGUGGGUGACACUAACCUGUAAAAUCACCUGCACUGACCUGACUGGGAGCCAAACAUUCAUCUGGUACAAGAAUGGACAAUAUCUGUCUCACACCACCCAGAAAUAUCUAAAUGCCUACCUUCAGUUCACAGCCAGCAGUGGAAAUACAGGCAGCUACUCCUGUGCAGUGACAGGUCAUGAGAAUCUCCCAUCCCCAGCAGUGAAUCUCAGUGUGAGAUGUGUGAAGGUGGAAAUAAAUUCUGACACAGUGUCAGGGGGAGAGACAGUGGAACUGACCUGUAGAGAAACCUGCUCUUGGCGGGGCAACAGCUUCAUUUGGUACAAGAAUGAGCAGCUUCUGACUGACUACUACAGGUUCUCCCAGUCCUAUAGGAACCUUAAAUUCACAGCCAGAAGUGAAGAUACGGGCAGAUACUCCUGUGCUGUAAAUGACGAUCAGCGUCUUGUUUCCCCUGCCGUGACUCUCAGUGUGAGAUGUGUAAAGGUUGAAAUGAAAUCUAACACAGUGAGUGAGGGAGUGAGGGUGACACUAACCUGUAAAAUCACCUGCACUGACCUGACUGGCAGCCAAACAUUCAUCUGGUACAAAAAUGGACAAUAUCUGUCUCACACCACCCAGAAAUAUCAAAAUCAUGACCUUCAGUUCAUAGCCAGCAGUGGAGAUGCAGGCAGCUACUCCUGUGCAGUAAGUGGCCAUGAGAAUCUCCCGUCCCCAGCAGUGACUCUCUAUGCUCCUAAGAACACCUCAGUAUCAGUGCCCCCCCCUGGUGAAAUAGUGGAGGGCAAAUCAGUGACUCUGACCUGCAGCAGUGAUGCCAACCCACCAGUGCAGAGCUACACCUGGUAUAAAAAUAAUAAGCCUGUAUCCUCAGAGACAGGAGGACCAGAGGAUAGUUACACCAUUAAAAGCAUCACACUGCAGGAUGCAGUAGAAUACAUCUGUGCGGCACAGAAUAGGAUUGGGAUAAAAAUAUCUCCUCCUAAACGUCUUGAUGUGCUGUAUCCUCCGAAGAUCGUGUCAGUAUCAGUGAACCCCUCUGGUGAAAUAGUGGAGGGCAGUUCAGUGACUCUGACCUGCAGCAGCGAUGCCAACCCACCAGUGCUGAGGUACACCUGGUAUAGGAAGGCCUUCAGAGAGUGA